AUGGGCUCGCAAAAAUCAAAGGUAAAUGAGAUCGAAGAAACAAACUCAUCUCCCCUCGAUCGACAUGGAGACGAGGCGCAUCAGCAGAAAUUGACCCGAAGGAUCUUGUUCAAACUGGAUACACGAAUCCUCCCUAUGCUCGCUUUGCUCUUUCUCUGCUCAUUCCUAGAUCGAACGAAUGUUGGGAAUGCGAAGAUCAUCGGGCUAGAAGAAGAUUUGUCUAUUACAGAUCAUCAGUACGAUGUCGGAUUGGCGGUCUUCUAUCUUACUUAUAUUUGCAGCGAACUGCCAAGUAAUUUGGUCCUCAAAAAGGCUUCCCCGAAACUUUGGCUGCCAUUCCUGACAGCUGUCUGGGGAAUUAUCACCAUGUGUUUGGGAUUUGUUCAAAAUUUUGCUGGGUUUGUAGCCGUGCGGGCCUUAUUGGGUAUCGCAGAGGGAGGUUUACUCCCUGGAAUGGUCCUCUAUCUGUCUACAUUCUACCAACGAGGCGAUUUGGCUCUGCGGAUUGGUUUGUUCUAUACAGCUGCUUCCCUGUCCGGUGCUUUUGGAGGUCUUCUCGCUCGUGGACUCGCUGAAAUCGGACCGCGAGGCGGCAUCGAAGGAUGGCGCUGGAUCUUGAUUAUCGAGGGACUUUUGACAUUCAUAUGUGGAGUUUUGAGCUUCUUUGUCCUCCCAAAUACCCUGGAGUCUGCGUCUUUCUUAACUACUGAAGAAAAGGAAUUCGGCCGGGAAAGAUUGAUGCUUGAUAACCCCAGGUCAAUGGAAGGUAUCUUGACCCCUGAAGCAGAAUCAUUUAAAUGGUCCGAGGUCCGCCGAGGUGUUCUAGAUCUACAGGUGUGGCUAUCGGCCUCGGCAUACUUUGCCAUUUUGUCCGGACUGUAUUCUUUCGGAUUGUUUCUUCCAACGAUCAUCAAAAGUCUUGGUUUCGCUAAAGACGCCAAUGAGGUGCAGCUGUGGUCUGUUAUACCUUAUGCUGUUGCAGCCGUAGUUACAGUUAUGGUGGCUAUUAUAUCCGAUCGCCUCCGCCUUCGAGGUGUGGUGAUGCUCUUCACUCUCCCGAUCGCCAUCAUUGGCUACGCAGUUAUCGCUAACAUCAACUCCCCUCGCGUGCAAUAUGGCAUGACCUUCCUCAUGGCAACUGGUCAAUAUGCCAGCGUACCGUGCAUCUUGGUGUGGUUGUCGAAUAAUUCGGCGGGGCAUUAUAAGCGUGCCACCACAUCGGCCAUGCAGUUGGCAAUUGCAAAUGCCGGAGGAUUUGUAGCGACCUUCAAUUACCCAACUCGAGAUGGACCACUGUUCCAUCGUGGACACACCAUUAUCCUGGGAUUGUUGGUGUUCGCUUGGUUCAUGAUUCUUCUCAAUGUGCUCUAUUGUGCCAAGAUCAAUCGCGAUAAGAAGAAUGGUAAGUAUGAUCAAUACGCAGGAUCUAAUGAUGACCGUAACCCUGAAUUUAUGAUGGUUCUUUGA